AUGCAGCCCUUAAUCACCCUUUCUCCAAGCUCUCCAAGCUUCAACUCCUACUCUUCAAACAAGCUAGCAGAGAUUGCAGCAAGGGUCGUCCAAGAAUUCACAAACGAAUCAGAACAAGUAGAAGGCGCGAACAACAACAUUUUCUCUUGGCAAGAACAAGGAGGAGAAGAGAAAAGCAACCACCCACAAAACGACAACGAGGAGGGGGAGGAGGAGGAGGAUGACUUCGAGUUUGCAGUUCUAAGUAGGCCAGAACCACAAUUCCCUCCGAUUUCUGCUGAUGAUAUCUUUUACAACGGCCAAAUCAGACCCUUCUAUCCCUUAUUUAACACCAAGUUACUCUUAGACGACCAAGAAUUCCUGCCCAGAUCGAAAACUGCAACCAAUAGUACCCAAGAUGCCAAGAAACCAAAUAGAUUGCCCCUCAGGAAGCUCUUCUACGAGGACCGUGAAACCUUUUCGUGUUCUUCAUCGGAAGCUGAUGAUAUUGACAGCCUAGAGCCUGGAACUUACUGUGUGUGGACGCCAAAGAAGGAGGAGGGGUCUCCAGGGAGCUGCAAGAAGAGCAGCUCUACAGGGUCUAAUUCAAAGAGAUGGAAGUUCAAAGAUUUUAUUCACCGGAGUAAUAGUGAUGGUAAGGAUACUUUUGUGUUCUUGAUGCCUAAUAACAAGAAGAGUGGCCUCCAUCAUCAGAGAUUAGACAGCGAUGACCAAGAUGGGAAUCAUAAUAAACAGGGCACAGAGAAAAGGAAAGAAGCGAAAGGAGCUGGAGGAGGUUUGUUUCAAUUUCAAGAACAUUAUUACGUGAGGAGUAAAGAAGGUGAUAAACGCCGCUCCUAUUUGCCUUACAGGCCGGAUUUGGUGGGGUUUCUGUCAAAUGUUAAUGGGGUGGGAAGGAAUCUUCAUCCAUUUUGA